AUGGCCCCGUCCGUCGCCCUUCGUCAGGCGCUGACCCCCUCUUCCUUCCUCACAGGAGCUCCCACCAUCAGACUCUCACCCACCAGAGCGUCAGUGAGCAAUGGCGUCUCGCUGUGCUCGUUCCAGGCAACCUCCGCGCAAUCUCAGUUUAGGUCGGUCGUGUGUGCUGCCGCCGGCACGGAAGUCACAGCAGCAGCAGCGUCCACUGAUAACUGGGUGCCGGUAAUUCCUAUGGAGGCUCUUCCCAAGGGAGAGAGGCGACUGAUCAGGCAGGACGGCCAGGAGAUUCUUCUGUUCUGGUACCGGAACGAGAUUUACGCCGUGGAGAACAUUUCGCCUGCAGAGGGAGCGUACUCGGAGGGAUUUCUCAACGCCAGGUUCACCCAGGACGGCUGCAUCGUGUGUCCGUCCACUGACACCACAUUCGAUCUUAAAACCGGCGAGAUCAAGGAGUGGUACCCCAAGAACCCUGUGCUGCGCGCGCUGACCAAGCCGCUCCGCCAGCUGGAGGUGUUCCCCGUGAAGCUUGAGGACUACCAGGUCUGCAUCAACAUGGGCCGCGGCUCCGCCGGCGCUGCUGAGGUGGUGGUGGGUGAGGCUUCCAAGGUCGGCCAAACGGUUUCUGACGUCAAUGUGAACGAGAUUAGUACAUGCAGCAUCAGCACCUUCCUUCCCUUUUCAUCCUCCCCCUUUCCUCAACGACUUCUGCUUGCUGUCAUUGCUCCCUCCUUGCCACCACAGACCAAGAUGGUGGUGGAUGAAUCAGCAGGCGGAUUCGGGUUCUCACCACAAAACGAGUUGCUCAACGGCCGAGCAGCAAUGGCAGGUUUUGUGGGUCUACUGGUGAUCGAGCUUGUUACUGGCAAGGGCCUGCUGUCCGCUACUGGGUUUCUUGACUUUCUAUACCGCGUUGGGGGCAGUGGACCGGCUUUGUAG